CACUCUGAAAGCAAAAUGGAGCUUUCCGAUGUGUACAUGGUUACGGGCUCGCUGGACAACCGCCCCGUUUUAGUUAGGUUCAAUAGAUGUCAACUCAACAAUAUGCACCGAGAUAUGGCGAUUACAGCUCAGAUGAAUCAUCUCAAGAAUGUGCUGAGACUUGUUGGUUGCUGUCUAGAAUUUGAAGAACCAGCUAUGGUGUAUGAAUAUGUUGAAGGUAUAUCUCUUAGCGAUCUACUUUACAAAAAGGGUAAUAUUAAUAGAAAAUCGUCAUUAUCUUGGGGAAAUCGAUUACGGAUUGCCAAUGAGGUUGCUUCUGCAAUCGUUUUUCUACAUACCGAAUUUACUACGCCCAUUAUCCACAGAGAUAUAGCGUCAUCUAAAGUGAUAAUAGAUCAGAAUAGCGGCGUGGCCAAAAUUUUGGACUUCUCACUCUCCAUAUCUUUGCCUCCAGGAAAAUUGGAAAUGAAAUCAGAAGAUGGUGUGCUCGGAACAAUCGGGUAUAUAGCUCCUGAAAAUGGCUUCUAUGAUAUUAUUACUCAAAAAAUUGACGUCUACAGCUUCGGGGUUCUUCUCUUUGAGCUAUUAACUGGAAAAAAAAUGGUUGAAAUGGUGGAUUCUGCAAUUUCAAAAGAGCCAAUAGAUUGUGAAGAAGUCAACAAAUCCAAUAUUGAAGAGCGUAAUGCUAUGGAUACAACUUUUGAAAAUCUUCAUCCCAACAUUGUUGAUCGCUAUAUUAGAGAGAACAGUGUAAUAGAUAUAGUGGAUCCUACCAUUUUCGAAGAGCAUGGAAUCGAAAUUCAACAACAAUUGGAAGACUACAUAGAUCUUGUUAAGAGAUGCACAACUUACAACGGAGAAAACAGACCAUACAUGAUUCACGUUGCAAGGGAAUUACGCCGAAUUGAGAAAUGCUUCCGUGCCCUCACUAUUGGUUAAAAUUAAAUGUUUGUUUUAAUACAUGAGGUGAAAAAAGAAGUUUGCUUCUACUGUCAUAUUUAUGUUGAACAAUA